AUGUCCACCCUCGUCGUCCCGUCCGUUUUCUGGCAUUCAAGUGAAGGUUCCAGCACACAAAUUGUCUCCUCAUCGUCGUCAAGGUUUUUCCGCCGUGUUCUUUUGCAGGGAAAAGAUAUUUUAAAGCCAGUUCCCGCUCUGCGCCAAGAGAAGUGGAUCACGGAUCCACAGCGGCCCCAGUUCGCCUCGCUUGACAGACAUGGUUGA